UUGGUCAAUCGCAUAGGCGAAACGAAUAUUACCGAACGAUUCAUUAUUCGUUACGUACUGUCAUUUUUCGUUUAAUACCGUUCGUUCUCUCUCGCUCUUUCUGCUGCGUGCGUGUUUGAAUUCGAAGCGAAUCCAUCUUCGUAUUAUAGUUGUGUGUGCGCGCAUUCGCGCUGUCGCUCAGCAGCAGUUUCAGUUCGUGUUUGCAUUGUAUAAAGACGAGGUUGGUUCUUUUCUCGUCUUCUGUCGUUGUCUGGUAACAUAUUGGAGAUUGUGGACUCCGCCUGCGGUUGUGGUUUGCUUGCGAUUUUUGCUCCGGCUCGGUCUGUAAUCUACUAUAGUGACCCGUUCGAUACGUGCUUGUACAUUAUCUUCCCAGUGAGCUCGGCGUUUGAGACUGUCGUAAGAAGAGUGUUUAACAAUCGUUUUGUGUAUCAAUUUCGGUGUGAACACUGUGAAGAUUGCCGAAAUGUAACCCACACCCUACCUGGUGCGAUUGGUUUCGGGUUCGUGGAAAACGGAUUUCAUCAGUGCCAUUGACGGGAAUCGGGAAGUGCAGAUUGUAAGUGUUCUCGCCUCAGUGUGAUUUGAUAUGAAAAAUUAACUGCGGAAAAGGCCACGUAUAGGGUAAGGGUGUUUGUAGGGUGGUGCAGCAGUGAGCCGUACGUCAGAUUGUUUUAUUUCCCAGUGGUUACUGAGAUCGCUAAUUUUUCGUUAACGGCGUGUAGUUUUGUGUGAGAAUUAAUGUGAAAAAAAGCGACUUCUGGACUGCUGCUCAGCUGUCGAAGUUGCGAAGGUGGUGAGGCUGCGGCUGCCACUGGCUGAAGGUGAUUGGCGUUGGGUGGAGCUUUUAUGGCCUUUUGAACUGGGCCCUCAUUUGGGCGACGAAGCAUGCCAGGGAUAAAAAAGCAAUACGGCAUAUAAAUAGGCACAAGCGAGCGCAGACAGGCAGGCAGGCAGCCAGCGAACGGACGCGAACCGGACGGAGAGAAGAGCAUCUUGUUCUUUUGUGGAGGCCAUUUGGGGAGCAGUUUGAAAACGGCAUCAUCGGCUAGAAGAUAGAGGAACAAAAAAUUCAGUUCAUAUUUUAACGUUCGUUCGGAGUUCCAGUGGAUUUCAGUUCCAGUUAUAUCAACAAGCGCGCGAUUCGUCAGGGGCGCGUGUCGGUGAGCUGAACUGAACCGAGCAGAGAAGAUAGAUCGGCAUCUAUUGCGCUAAUUAGUUUGCCACGAGCUGCGGUUCUGCCAUUCUGAUUUGGGCCAUCCGUUGAACGCAUUUACGUCCGCUGACCGGCUGAGGCGCAGUUGGGCUGGAAGUGCCAUCGUGGUUGCAUCGGGGCGGAAUUUGUACAUACUGGCUGGCUGAAACGACCAAAUGGAGCGCUCUUCGAUGAAGCGACAGACCGACUAUUCAACGACUAGCUUCUAUCCAAAUACCAACACCAUUAUUAGUACAAAUAUUAGCGGUCAUUAAUAGUCAUUAAUAAAUCACAUAAACUAAGCGAAUUUAUUGACCGGCUCAGAUACGAACUUGCAGCAAAGUUCCCAUACAAAGUAAGAAACCGCUUGGUUAAAGCGGAACAAGAGGAGGAGGAGGAGGAGGUGUACGAAACGUGCCGCGGGAGUGCCGCGCGCUCGUGUGCGUGUGUGCCGGGAGACUGGAGAUGCGCCUACUGAUGCGACAGCGGAAGUUUCUGCUCGGGUUGCUUCUGGCCGGCAUUGUUCUGCUGGUGCUGUUCCUCAAGGGUACCGACCUGGGCGGGCGAUGCCUGCACGGUGCCUACUACGGUGGUCAGUCGGCUGCGGGCGGCCGCGGCGGCGGCAGCAGCGGCGAGAUGGUGCGUGCCGACGAGGAAGGACACGGCGGCGGCGGCGGCAAAAGUUACCACUAUCAUCGCAACAUGCCGCUGAUAUUCAUCGGCGGUGUGCCACGUUCCGGAACGACCCUCAUGCGGGCCAUGCUGGACGCCCAUCCAGAAGUGAGAUGUGGCCAGGAGACACGCGUCAUUCCCCGCAUCCUGCAGCUUCGAUCGCACUGGAUGAAGUCGGAGAAGGAAUCGGUCCGACUGAUGGAGGCCGGAAUUACCAAGGAAGUGCUCAACGGUGCCAUCGCCCAGUUCUGUCUGGAGAUCAUUGCCAAACAUGGCGAUCCCGCUCCGCGGUUGUGCAACAAAGACCCGCUUACGCUCAAGAUGGGCACCUACGUCAUUGAGCUGUUUCCGCAGGCAAAGUUCCUAUUCAUGGUCCGGGACGGACGAGCAACGGUGCAUUCCAUUAUCUCGCGGAAAGUUACCAUCACAGGGUUCGAUCUGAGCAACUACCGACAGUGCAUGACCAAGUGGAACCAAGCCAUUCAAACGAUGCACGAACAGUGCAAGGAAAUCGGUAAAGAUCGUUGCAUGAUCGUGUACUACGAGCAGCUUGUGCUGCAUCCGGAAGAGUGGAUGCGAAAAAUUCUCCACUACCUGGACAUUCCCUGGAACAGUUCCGUGCUACACCACGAGGAGUACAUCAACAAGGAGAAUGGCGUCGCACUGUCCAAGGUGGAACGAUCGUCCGAUCAGGUGAUCAAACCGGUUAAUUUGGAAGCACUGUCGAAGUGGGUCGGCCACAUACCGGACGAUGUGGUGCGGGAUAUGGCCGACAUUGCGCCGAUGCUGUCGGUGCUGGGGUACGAUCCGUACGCGAACCCACCGGACUACGGCAAACCGGACUCGUAUGUGCAGGAGAAUACUUACAAGGUCCGCGCGAACCCGCAGAUGUGGGAGCACAAAGUGAAGGAGCUACUUAAUCGCGACGAUAAUUCCCCACCGAAGGUGAACCAAAACAAUAACAACGAGGACGAGGAUGACUACAAUGGCAAUAAUCGGGAACGUAAAACGUGAUAUUAGAGAAUUUAGUAGACGGAUGGAUGGAUGAUGGGCGAACGCGGGGAAAAAGGAAGAUCCUUAUUUUUGUUUCUGUUUUGGUUUUAUAAAAAACAAAGAGAUGUUCAACGCGGAUUCCUUCCUGCAAGGAAGGAACGGCGGCGGCGGCUGCAAAGCAAGAAGAGUAGUAAAAUACGUCCUCCACAGCACGGGGGCGUUUGUUUUUAGUGAAUUCGACCGAGUCGCGUCAUUUUAACCCGGCACAACUAUUACGUAUCGUAUUAGUUAUACAUAUAAUAGAUAUCUCGACCGCACGAUGCCAGUUAAUGAGCUAAUACAGUAUGAUAGUGCAGCGGUGGAAGAAGCUAAUCGAAAGCGAAGGCAUCAGACUUAAAUCAUCGCAGCAGCGAAAACGGAGCCAGUGUGCAAUUUCUGCGAUCAACACUUAUCAGAGAAUAAGAGAGCUUUGAAUCACUUUUUUUUACUGUGUCACAUAUGUGUGUGUAUCUCGCUAUAGGAAAUAGUUGAUAGCAAAAAAACAAUGAAUUCGCGUGAUAAGCGCCACCGUCAGCAGCGUGGGUGGCAUAAGCUUAAGUGUAGGGUCUGUUGUUGCAUUAAACAUUAACUUAUAGGAUAGGAUACCAAUCGAUCGGGCUUUUCUAGGCACAGGAUGCGCAGAAGUCCGCCACCACCACCGUUGCCACACAAUCGCAGGGAGCAGCAGAAAAUCAAUAUCACCUGCUUGCACUUUCGAACUGAACGAGGUAAAAAAAAACUUGACCUAAGAAAAAAGGUCAUUAUUUUAAACUUUUACACAGCCACACCCAUCACACACGUACACAACAAACACGCGCACACAAAA